AUGUCAUUAUCCUCUCGACGCCAACGAAAGAAUACAGUGCCGAUGUCUUCAUCAUCAAAAAUUCUGGCAUUCAACGGAGAGGAUCAUCCUCUUUCUCCUCUUUCUACAUUUUCGGAAACAGAACCAUUUCAUCAUCGACACGAUGUACAUACAAAGGAUCAUGAUUUUAUAAAUUUGGAAUCACCACAGAUGAAUUUCAAUCAAACACAGUCAUCAUCAUCACUCCGGCUCGUGAUUUUAAAAAUUUUAAAUAUUCUCUUCGAUCGACUCGAUCCAUUAUCCAAACAUGUGUUCCAUCGUUUUGGUUCCUUUUCGAAAUUUUUACUAUUGCUUGUGGCGUGUAUUGUGUUUUUGGAAAUUUUAAUUUUUCGAUUUCAAUUCACCUAUGCACCUCAUGCUGGAUUUCUUAGUGACAAUCGAUCUCCCAAAUUUCAUAAUAUUUUACUGAUUGGAGAUCCACAAUUGACCGAUCGAUACUCAUACAAAUUUUUGACAAGUGAAUUUUCAGUACUCUCUCGAUUUAUAUUUUUCAUUUGUGACACUUUUAUGAGAAAGAAUUUUCAAUCUAUCCUUCGAAUGAAUCGUAACAAUAUUCACACCAUUAUAUUUUUAGGAGAUUUAUUUGAUAAUGGAAGACAAAUUACCGACGAUGAAUUUGAACGGGAAUUUGCAAGAUUUAAUUCCAUCUUUGAAAAUAGAGAUUCGUCCAUAAAAACACUCUAUCUCUCUGGAAAUCAUGAUAUUGGACUGGAACGAUGGCCACACCAUGUUCUUGAACGAUUUGAAAAAUAUUUUCACACACCUCUCAAUUUCAAUUAUACCAUUAAUAAUUAUUUUAAAAUUAUUGGAAUUAAUUCCAUGUAUUUGAAUCAGAAAGGAAAUCCUGUUGAAUUUAUAUCCAAAAACAUUGAAAAUGAAUUCGGAAGAAAUAUUCUCUUGACACACAUUCCCUUAUACAGAGAUGGAAAUUGUGAAAAUGUCGAUUAUAAUCAACUCCUGCAUGAAAAUGCACGAACAAGACCUCUCGAACAAGGAGAAGGUUUUGGCUACAAGAACAUGUUAGACUCCAUGUAUUCAUUGGCCCUUUUACAAAUGACUCAUCCUCUCAUUGUCUUGAGUGGUGACGAUCACGAAUAUUGUAAAUACAAACACGAGUUACAGGAAGAAGGAUUCUCAGUGUACGAACAUACCAUGCCAACAUUUAGCAUGUUACAAGGAACCAGAAAGUAUGGUUAUGGAAUUUUGACUUUGGAUCUCGAAACAAAUACCAUGCAUGGCAUUCAAGUAUUUUACAUGCCCAAAGUGUGGAGUAUUUUUGGAUUUUACGGAGUGUUGAGUGUCACUGCAUCGGUGUAUGUGAUCUUUCAAUUCAGAUCGAUGUGGUAUUAUGGAAUGGCAUUGAGUAGUGCAUUGUUGACUUGGAUGUUGUGUCAAGUGUGGUGGUGGUUGGUGAUUUGA